AUGUCGGCUCCAUUGCUCUCUCCGUUGCCCCUGCCGCAGGGGGUCUCUUCGAGACAGAUUGAUUCCCGCCCGAACGGCCUCUCGUUCCAUAUCAUCGAAGCGGGUUAUACUGCUGACAGAGAACGGCCCUUAAUAGUGCUUCUACACGGCUUUCCAGAGCUCGCAUUUUCAUGGCGGAAAGUGAUGCCGUUGCUCGCCAGCCAGGGCUACUACAUCGUUGCUCCCGAUCAACGUGGUUAUGGCCGUACAACAGGCUGGGAUAACCGAGAUUUCGCAAAUGUUGACUUGAACGAAUUUUCAAUGACAAACCUGGUCCGCGAUGUUAUUGUCCUUGUUCACGCCCUAGGGUAUCGAGACGUCAAGUGCUUGGUGGGCCACGACUUUGGCGCAGUAGCGGCUGCGUUCUGCGCUUUGGCUAGACCUGAUUUUUUCAAAAGCGUUGUUUUGAUGGGCCAUCCGUUCAAAAAGGUCCCAAGUCUACCAACUCUCAAUACUAUUACUGCGCAAGCCAUAGGAACACCCGAGAGCGGACUGCCACCCGCUGCUUCAAACACUAGUAUCCAUACGGAUCUCGCAUCGCUGGGUCGUAAGCAUUACAAAUGGUACUAUUCAACCCAACCAGUAAGCUCAGAAAUGACAAACCCACCCAAUGGACUCCACGAGUUCCUCAGGGGAUAUUUUCAUCUUAAAGGCGCCUCUUGGUCGAAGAAUACUCCCCACCCACUCGCAUCUUGGACUGCUUCCGAACUCACAAAACUUCCAUAUUACUACGUCAUGCCGCUAAACGCUACUAUGCCAGAGGCAAUAGCAGCAGACAUGGCGCAGGAGGAUCCUUCUGCCAUCCAGGAUUCCCAAUCCUGGCUGCCAGACAGCGACCUUGAAGUUUACGUAUCGGAAUUCCGUCGGAACAGUUUCCAGGGAGCGCUUAACUGGUACCGGGUGUUCACUAACUCAGAUCCCACGGCGGCCUGCAAACGCGAUAUUGACAUCUUCGCUGGGAAGCGGAUGGAAUGCCCCAUGGCAUAUAUAUCCGGCAGUCAGGACUGGGGAACGUAUCAAGUGCCUGGUGCUCUGGAGGCGAUGGUGACCAAGGAGGUUUGCGCUGAUUUUCGCGGUUUGAAGUUUGUAGAUGGUGCGGGACACUGGGUCCAACAGGAGAAGCCAGAGCAGGUGACCAGUGGCAUCUUGGAGCUGAUACGCUCCUUGGAGUGA